CUUUUUAUCUUGGGUAGAACAACAUCAGAUAUGUAUGCUUUUAUUAACAAGGAUGUUUCUCGUUGGCUGCCUUGCUAUACAUUAAACUACCAUCUGAACAAUGACAAAGAUCCUCUUUCGAUGGAUGCCAAGCAUCAAUUUGUGCUGAACUGGAGCUACAAGAAUUUGGUAUUAAACUUCGAUGCAAUGAAUAAUGUGUAUCCAUCUAUUCAACCGGGUGGAAUUUUAGGUCUUGGUUCUCCCUUUGAGCCGAUUAUCCCGAAGAUUCGUUUAAGGCAUGAUAGGGACUAUAUAAUAAAGUUGCAGUUGGAAGAAGAAAGAAGAUUGCCUUUCCCUUACGAUACUGACUGCCAUAAUUACACGGAAGCUUGGCUGAAAAACAACAGAACCGGACCGCGUUCUAAAGAAAUGUGUGUUGAGUUAUGCAUUCAAGAAAUAUCCAAGGAAUCAUACUGCGGACCUUGCCUAUCGUCGGAAAUUUAUGUGGAUGGUGCAUUUCCUCUUGAGGAAAGAUGUAAUGAAACUUGUGAUGCUUACUAUCAUUAUUCUUAUGACGAAGAACGAAAAUUUUAUGAAGACAAGAAGUAUUGUUCUGGGAUUUGCAAAGAAGACUGCCUUAAAUACAAGUAUACCUAUUUAGUGGAUGAAGUUCUCCCGGAUGAUCCUGUCGAAGGUUCUGGAAAAACGCUUACUGGUGUUAACAUCAGAUUCCGAGAUCCACCGCUUAAAAUUACCUCAUUCAGACCAAGAUAUGAGCCAAUUGAACUCUUCAGUUUCAUUGGUGGUUACUUGGGCCUUUGGUUAGGUUUUUCUGUCAUUGCUUUGAUCGAUUUUGCCAUCUCCCUUCUCUUCAUUCUCUGGGUAACCGUGAAGAGAUGCUUUCGAAAGUGUGUAUCCACAAUCCACAAUAUUCAUCCGAAGAGAAGAAUUCAAGGACAUGUACCCAGCCUGCGACGAUGCGAUGAUGCUUAAAAAAUAUAACAUCGUAUUAGAAACCACGAUUUUUAUGCAAUUUCUAGGACAAUUGCUUUGUGCAAUGGGCGAAUUAUACAGAAUAUUAAUGGAAACAUUUUGUGUUCGCUAUUUUCUAAUGUAUUUUCGGAAGUGUAUUCACACCUGUGUAUUAUUAGGUUACCUAAAAUGUAAUAUUUCUCACAAUGACUCUCUAAGAAUUUCCAUUUUCCAAGUAUAAUAUGUUUUGUAAUGUAACAGUCGCUUAUGUCUUAUCACCUGCAAUUUAUUUCUCAUUGUCAAACUCGUAGCAUUAAUACCUCCAAAUGAGAUUUUUCGAUUCGCCUUCGUUUCUUCUCUAUUAUGUAGCGUCAAAAACUUGAUCAAAUACAAAUAUUAUUUCUUAACUUGCCAGUGCGCAAAACCGUUGUAUAUGAUCUUGGAAAAAACAGUAGGUUUUAUUUAUAUAUUAGAUCUAUUAUGCAAAACGACUAAUUUCUAAGUACAGCAAAAAUAAUGAUUUCGGGGAGCAUUACAGUUAUAUACUUAAUUUCCUCGAGUGACAAUUCGAUCCAACUGAAAACAGACUGCGAUUUCGGAUUCAAAUCGUGAUUCUCAUUCCUUUAGGAAUAAAAAAAACCUUCACAAUCAGACAUAGAGUAGAAGUUUCAACAUUUGGCAAAAGUGCUGGAAAAACCAUUAGAAAUUUCGUUCAAUCUUCUUCACUCGAAGAAGGAUAGGGGAAGAAAAGUACACAUUUCGACACUAGAAUGGCAGAUAUAUUGAAACAUGAAAUAAAAAAAAAACCUAUUUAAAUAAUCUGAAUAUCUCUCUUUUAAUAGUAAGUGUUUUUAUUAAUGGAUACAACUAAUAAUCAGAAAUUUUAGUUUUCUCAUUUAUUAGGAGUGUGUAUAGAGAUCUCAUUUGAAUUCUUUAAUUUUUCCUCAAUUUCAUUUCUGUAAACUUUUAAUGCGAAUUUUGAUUUGUAUUCUGAUUUCAUAAAAUUACAGAUUUUCAUCAUCUGGUUCUUUAUUAUUAAUACAAUAGUGAGUUUAAAUUCAUAAUAGAAUUAUUUAAAUUAUAUACUAACUUUGGCUGGCUUCUUUUAUCUGCUCCACACCUAACGUAAGCUCUGAUACUCCCAGAAGAUAUUUUUCACUCCAUUUCUUAAAUAUAUUUCGUAUUAUUCUAAUAAUUUUUAAAAUAGAUAUGCAUAUAAUUGUAUACUUCACACAUAUGUAUACAUAAUGUAUACAUAAUACAGCUUUAUGUCCUGCUCUUUGUCAUAACUAUGUGUAUUUAAAGUGUGAGCUUUUAAAUAUGUAUUUCAUGUAUUAUCAUUUCGUUUUGAUGCCAUACAGCCAAACGUCUACUACUUUGCAGAUAAAGAAUGUAUUUCUUAUUAACCAUUAUGUGUAAAUUUCCCACUUUCUGUUAUAUAUAUAUAUGUGUG